AUGACGUCCUACAGAGGCCGUGCUGGCUUGCCACGUCGGUCUCUGUGAAAUGCAUUUACACAGUUGUUCCUCGCAGGUUUGUGCUUAACUUUUUUGGAAAAAGACGCCUUUUCAUUCUAACGCGGAUUAACCGAGCACCGCACCAGCUUCUUCGGAACCACCGUACACCAUCUCCACGGUGCUGCAUUUGGUCGCGUUGGAGUAAAAAAAAAAAAGAGAGGAGGAAUGCUCGGUUUCGUUUGGACUCGUCCGGCUGGAAGCCACACAAGUGACUGAUGCAUCCUCGUUCACUUCACCCUCCCGUAUGUCGUUGGCCUCAGCGUGUAUGGUCGCUCAUUAAGGAGCAAGGGGGAGUCCCAGCGUCCGAGGUUGCCACGGUAACCGGCGACCAUGCCAGGGGGUCGCAGGGGUCCCAGCAGACAGCAGUUGAGCCGCUCUGCCCUGCCCUCCCUGCAAACUCUUGUUGGAGGCAACCUGGGUAAUGGUACAGGCCUCAGAAACAGGAACAGUAGCUCCUUGGGACUGUCUGCACCACCUAUCUCAGCCGUAGUAACGCCAGAGCCCGUCCGCCACUCGAAGAUUCCUCUGCUGCCAUUGGACAGCAGCCUGCUGUUUGAGUUCCUGCUCUUUCUCUAUCUACUGGUGGCCUUGUUUGUCCAGUAUGUCAACAUCUACAGGACAGUUUGGUGGUACCCAUACAGCCAGCCACCCACCUCUACCUCACUCAGCUUCCAUCUAAUGGAUUACCACCUGGCUAUCUUCAUCACAGUCAUGCUGGCCAGGAGACUUGUUUGGACAAUAGUUUCUGAGCUCUCUCAGAGCAGCAGGGGAUCGCUGCUCUGCUAUUUGGUUUUGAUUGCAGCAAGACUGUGUCUGCUCACCAUCUGUUGUUGGGUGCUGUGCUGGACGCUGGUCAACCUUUGCAAGAACCACUCUGUUCUCAACCUCCUCUUCCUGGGAUACCCGUUUGGUGUGUAUGUCCCGCUCUGCUGUUUCCACCAGGAAGGACCGAAGAGCCAAACGUCAACAGCCGACUGCGACUACCCAUCCGACCACCAGCAAGCGGACCUAUCGGACGCUCCCCUCUUCCGACCCCGGGAUUUCCUCUUCUUGUUACGAGAGAACCUCAGAGAACAGUUUUCCACACCGCAGCACAUGCCCACGCACACCUGCCCGCCGCACACGCACAUUCACACGCCUGAGCUGAUUCGAUCCGAGGUGGAGGAGCUCAAGAGCGACUUUAAUCGGCGGAUUAAGGAAGUGCUGUUCAACUCGCUGUUCAGUGCUUAUUAUGUUGCCUUCUUGCCUCUCUGCUUUGUGAGGAGCACCCAAUACUAUGACAUGCGCUGGUCUUGUGAGCAUCUGAUCAUGGUGUGGAUCAAUGCCUUUGUGAUGCUGAUGAGUCAGCUGCUGCCCCCGAACUACUGUGACCUGCUUCAUCGCUCUGCGGCCCACCUGGGCCGAUGGCAGAAGCUGGAGCACGGAUCCUACAGCAACACACCUCAGCAUUUAUGGUCAGAGCAGACGGUUUGGCCUCAAGGGGUGUUGGUACGACACAGCCGCUGUCUGUAUAAAGCAAUUGGACCGUAUAAUGUUGCUAUGCCCUCUGAUGUUUCGCAUGCGAGAUUUUAUUUUCUCUUCCACAAGCCAUUGCGGAUCCUGAACCUGCUGAUUUGGAUCGAGACCAGCGUGGUUCUGUAUCAGUUGUACUCGCUGUUCCUCUCUGAGCGCUGGAACCACACUCUCUCUCUGGGCCUGAUUCUUUUCUGCAACUACUAUGUCCUUUUCAAGCUGCUCAGAGACCGCAUAGUGCUGGGCAAAGCCUACUCCUACCCUCUAACCGGUAGUUUGGGCUUAAAGUCGCAGUAAAAGACAUCCUCGACGUCCAUCGCGUGUGUGAUGGAGGUGGGUUAAGAUUGGGAGAGCAGAGGGGGUGUUCAGCGCUCACAAUUGGAGGGUAAGGGACAGGAAAACGAACUCCUAAUCGUCUUUUGAUACGGUUAUAUUUUUAAUGCAAUGUUUGUAUAAACCUAUUUAAAAGAAUAUUUUAUUUUGUAUACUAUUUCAAGUUACGCCGGGCAUUACCACGCUGACCACAUUAGCAUGCCGCGUUGUGUUGUCUCUAGAAGGGGGAGGAGUUUCACCAAAGAUGUCAAAGUGACCACGCAGCCGCAUGGCCUCUCCCCGAUUGGCCUGAACUUCUAACCCUCAAACCACAAACAAUAUUGGAUGACAAAAGAUGCAGCCAUUUUCAAGGAAAAGUCACGACGUUGUUUUCUGCCGGUAGUCAAUUCGCUUCAAAUCGUCAUCAAAUACUGAGCAGCAGUCAGCAACAGCCACUUAGCACUGCGACAGGAGCGUUUUUGAAGGGGACGGGCAGUUGCUGGGCAACCGGCAGAGUGUUUAUCUUUCGUCACCAGUGUGGACAGACAGUGUUGGUGCCAAUUUACAAUACUCUCGAAAAGUUGAGUUUCCAGAUGAAAGGUUAGAAUUAACCUAAAAUGCACUAUAACCUUCUCCGAUCAACUUUGACCUGCUUUUAAUUAUUGAGUUCACAUGUCUACUUGUUCAAAUGUGAAUACUUUCUCCACAGCUUGCUGUGUUCUAACAAGAAUUGCACAGCAAAAUUGACACUGUGUUUUCCCAAGGACGUCUACGUCUAUGCCUCUCUGUGAUUCCUCCAGUCUCUUUAGCAGUUCCAACCUGCUGACUGACACACUCAGGUCAGUGGCCACUUCCCUCUAAGAUCUUAUUUGAUCAACGGGGUGUGAUAUUGAUGUCAAGACGUGAACUGCAUGAAGAGGACUAUUUAUCAAUUUAAAGUGAACCAGGAAAUCAAAUUGUGGAUCAAACACCUGUUGUGAAUUUUGCCGUUCGGCUUCAUGUUAGCCCGGCCGCCCGCCGAGCAACUCCACUGAGCUGUGACGCGGCAUGCGUUUUUUUUGCGACUACUCGUAGUUUUCAUCACUGGCCGACAGUUAGCCACUAAUGUCCCUGCAAGUUGAAAUUUAAAUCGCCGGUGAAUGAUUUGUUGUAACGUUGCAGAGAUGCCAUGUCAUACCGCGAGAGCAUUUGCGACAGAAAUAACAUUUCCGCGUGCCAACAUGCAGCCAACCGACGUCAGGCCAUACCAAUAAGAUAUUGACAGUCUCACUAGCAUCAAACAGGAUCUCCAAAACCAUCACGUUUCAGGAGAACAAAAAAACAACUUGCGUUUUCAAAGAGAAACGGCCAUUUUCAACACAUCAGACUGGUUAGUAAUGUUUUAAAAAUAAGGCCCACAUGGCGAGGCAACAAUAGGAUCGAUUUGUGGAAAAAGUAUGAAAUUGAAGUUUGGCCGACUCUCCGCCUGAUUGUGACAAUAUAGAAAUUGUUUUCAAAUAAUACUUAACACUAUUUACAAUCUGGAAUACACCUGUGUGUGAGAGACUGUCGCCAAAAUGCAAUUAAUGGCGCUUUUAUUGCCAAAAAGCAACACACACAGUGUGUCUUUAUUUCAGGCCCCUUUUCCUCUUUGUAAUAAAAUAGACAUUGAACAGGCUGAAAUGUGCAUUCAAAAAUUUCGAGUUUACGUUCACCUCCAAAGGUUAUAGUGCAUUUUCAGUUAAUACUGAACAUUUUGUGAGUAGUACGUGCUAAGAUGCUAUUUUCUGGAGCCUUAGUUUUAACGUCCCAUCAAGAGAGAUUUUGCUACUCAAGACCUUUUGGUACUUCUCACUGCGCCGACAAUACCUGCAUGCUCCUCCUCAUUUAAUCUGCGCCUGUGUUACGUAUUCUUUCGGGCUUUUGCAGUGGACAUGCGCUUGUUAGUCAUCAGGGGCCAUGACCCCACGAGUCUUCACCCACGGCAUGCGAGCCUCACAGCUGCGCUGUUUCCUCCUCCUUUUGGCCUGAAGUCAUUGCUACAUGCCUUAAAUUCACCCGCCAUCGACUUCUGAAUUGCUUUCCAAAUCGACCCCGUGUUCGUAAGAACAAGAUUGACGAAAAUAAAACCUCACUUUCUAUUUUGAAUGUCAUUUUCAAAGGGAUGUUGAAUGACAUGGGUGCUUAAUGCGGAGUUUUGGAAGUCAUCCAGACCCGCCUGUUUCAUUACCACUUCAUGUAUUGUCGGCAGUUCACUUCUUACCGCUUCACCUUGCAUGCUGCCUUUUUUUUCCCUCAAGUCAAUCUCCUUCAUCCACUCUGAUGCCUUAGGUUGCCUCCUUUUUCAAGUGCAUUCACAUCCGCUGACAAAGCAUGUCUUUCGUGGUUCAUUUAAAUAGUUUGCCAUGGCCUGAAUGAAAAAUAACAUUCAUCAAGCAUAUGGCAUCUGAUCUAUUCAGUCAAGGUUCAGGAUGAGUGAGGCUCAGGAGGAAGAGCCUCCUGGUGCCUUGUAGGUUUGCGUUUGCUCUUGAAUGCAGUUGGCUGGCGUCAACUUAAAUGUAGCAAGUGUCUCCAGAAGGUGGUGCUGUUGAUUUGAAUGAAAUUCCUCAUGGACGACACCUGCCGUUAUCGAGUAAAACCGUGAUAGGGAAACGGCGUUUGCCUUUUGAUUUAUUUGUUCAUCCCACUUAAGUGCUUGCUCAAACAACACAUUCGCCCGCUUUUGUUGGAUUGCUGAAUGGCCCUCAGAAUGAUGUUGAGCUGAGGUUUCGAGCUUCGGAAAGUAUUUCGAAUGAAUUUCCUUUUCAAUUCCGCCCCCCAUGGGUCUUUAGCUUACGAAAUUGAACAGAUCGAGGUGAGCCUAAAACAGAUGCCGCUGUCGAUGAAACUUCAAUUUCAGUUUAGUUUUCUUUCACAUAUCCCAGCAUGCGGUUUUCCUUUUUGUGGAUCACGUCACAGUUGCAGAAGUUUAAGGAGCUGGUCCUCAGAUUUCGGCUUUUUACAGUUUUCAUUUCACCCUGAGCAUAUUUUUUUUGGCAUCCGAAAUAAAACAUGAUGUUGAAAUGAA